CUACUCCAUCGAUCUAUCUCCAUCCCGAGCAGCAAUAAGUUCGCGCCUCCGAUCUCCCUGCCCCAGAUUAGCUAGGAUAGAACAGCAGUGCCCCAGCAAUAAGUUCGCGCCUUCGAUCUCCCUGCCCCAAACCAACACGACCGAACCUGUACCCGCGAAAAACCGCGUGGAGGAUCGUGGAGUACCAGCGAGGCCUGGCCUGACAGAGUUGAAGCUCUAUACCUAGCUGCCUAGCGAAUCCAUUCUUCAUGUUAGGUGUUACAAGUCUUUGAGGAGAGUGGGGGUUCAGGAUCGCGCAACAACAAGAAGGUGAAUUGAGAGAGGCAGUGCGUGCAUGCGUGGAUCAUCCAUGGUCGUGCAGAAGUCGUGGCUCCCCGUCGAUCUGCGGCUGCCGGCGGGGCCGCAGGCGGCUCUGGGGAUCCUGGCGUUCGAGGCGGCGGCGGCCAUGUCCAAGCUGCUGUCGCUGCACCGGUCGCUGUCGGACCAGGAGGUCUCCCGUCUGCGGUCCGACGCCAUGCGGUCGGCGGGCGUGGCGUACCUCAACUCCACCGACCAGGCGUUCCUCCUCAAGCUGGCCUGCGCCGAGCUGGUCGUGUCGCUGGACGCCGCGGCGGCCGCCGUCGCGCGGCUCGGCCUGCGGUGCGGCAUCGAUUUCGGCGGGGUGUACACGUGCCUCAAGGCCGGCGCGGCCGACGCGCGGCUCGACCUGCUCGUGGCCAAGGGGCUCAGGGUGAAGGCCAAGAAGAUGGAGCGGCUCGUCGCGGCCACGGCCAAGCUCUGCUCCGAGAUGGAGGCGCUCGACGAGCUGGUAGCCGUCGAGCGGAAGAUCAACGUCCGGGGCUGGAGCCGCCUCAGCGGGCCGAUCCCGGCGCAGCCUGUGGUGGCGGCGGCAGCUCAGGCCGGGGAGUCGCCUGGCGCGGACUCGCUCCGGCAGGAGCUCAAGACGCAGCGGCUCAAGGUGCGGCGCCUCAAGGAGGAGUCCCUCUGGAACCAGAGCUACGAGAAAGCCGUGAGCCUCAUGGCGCGCGCCGCCUGCGCCGUGUUCGUCCGCAUCUGCACCAUCUUCGGCCCAUUCGUGCCCAGCCUCCCGCCGCCAUUGCCGUCGGCAACCACGGACAGCGUUCAGACCCGGCUGUCCAAGCUGCUGCACCCGAGGUCGGCGAAGGCUAAGGCGUCGUCGGGUCCGAUCACGCGACGCGAUGGCCCGUCCCGAGUCCACCCGCCGAUGAGCAACUCGUGCCCGAUCAUCGGCCUACGUCCGUCGGGGAAGAAGUCCCCCACCGACUGGCGCAAGCUACUGGACGCGCCGCCCAGCACUGUCGGCGGCGCGGGCCUGGACCAGCAGUACGCAAACGUGAUCGUGUCAGCGGAGGAGCUGCUGCGGAUGGAGGCCGAGGGGCGUCAGGAGGAGGCGGCCGCGGAGCGCGCGGAGAUGUACGAGAUGCUUCCGGCCAAGCUCCGCGCGGCGGUGCGUUCGAAGCUGCGGGAGUGGUGGCGCGACCCAGGCCCGCUGGACGCCGGGCUGGCGCAUGGGUGGAAGGACGCCGUGGAUCGCAUCAUGGCGUGGCUGGGCCCGAUGGCGCGCGACACGGUGCAGUGGCAGUCGGAGCGCAACAUGGACCGGACGCGGCGGUUCGACGGCGCGCCGCGCGUGUACGCGCUGCAGACGCUGCGGUGGGCGAACAAGGAGAAGGCCGAGGCGGCCAUCGUGGAGGUGCUCGUCGCACUGAGCUGCAUCUGCUGGUACGAGGAGCGCCGGCGAGGCUCCGUCCGCCACUGACCCAUCGGCCGGCCGAACCGUUCAACGUCGGAGUUCGGGCCGACGUGGCGCGGCAAACUUUGUCCAAAUCCAAUUAUUUUUCUUUUUCUUGUUCUGCGUUUGUCAAAGCAUUGAUUUUGAAGAGUUGAUUUUUGGGCCGGUAGAAGUUAGAACGGGUGGUAUUGUGUUCAAUGGAUUCGGAACGAACGCGGCCGUAGCAGCAGCAAUAGUUGAAAGAAGAAGAUACUACUACUGUAACAAUCGUUGAUUGGUUUGCGCCUCUGGUGGAGGCCGUCAGCAGCCUGACGCCGACAUGCGGGGCUCCCCCUCCCCCGUACGUGUCACGCCGGUGACAGAGUCCUGUGUAGUUUACAAACAUGUCACGCGAAAGGAAGGAUUGUGUAAUAAUAUAUACAAACUACGAUUGAUUCUUUGAAA